AUGUCUGCCGUACAAAAUCCCGUCGAAGAGGCCGUUGUCCUCCCACAACCUCAGAGGCUGUCCCUUCUCAAGGGCCCAACAGAUCCUCCUCUUGUCGACCUCACCCUCGGAGAACUCCUCAACCUUCAGUGUCUGCACCACGGAAACAGAGAGGGAAUUGUGAUUCCAUGGACAGGAGCGAGAUGGACCUACAACGAGCUCAAUCACCACAGUCGGCUGCUGGCCGCCGCCCUUCUAGAGAUGGGCAUCGGUGUUGGUGACAGAGUCGGCAUCAUGGCUGGCAACUGCGAACAAUAUGCUGCUGUUUUCUUCGCCGCCACCAGGAUAGGAGCCAUUCUCGUCAUCAUGAACAACACUUAUACCCCUACUGAGGCCUUGUACGGUCUCGACUUCUCGGAAUGCAAGGUUUUCUUCACCACCAAGAAGAUUGGCCGUCUCGAUCAAGGCCCACUACUCACACAACUUGCUGCCAGAGCGACUGGCCCCAAGGUUGUGAUCCUUCGCGGUGAUUCCGAGGGUUACCCAAUCUACAAGGAGCUUCUCACCCAAGGAGCCAGGGUAGAUCCCGAGCGCCUUCAUCAUGCUGAGAGCAAGGUGCUUCCUCACCUUGUUUGCAACCUCCAGUUCACCAGCGGCACAACCGGUCUUCCCAAAGCUGCAAUGCUCACUCAUCACAACAUUGUCAACAACUCCAGGUUCAUCGGAGACCGCAUGAGACUCACACACAACGACGUUCUCUGCUGCCCGCCUCCUCUGUUCCACUGCUUCGGUCUGGUGCUUGGCCUCAUGGCCGUCAUCACUCACGGUGGAAAGAUCAUCUACCCUGCCGAGGUGUUCGACGCACCUGCUACCCUCCGCACCAUCAUUGGGGAACAGUGCACCGCUGUUCAUGGCGUCCCCGCCAUGUUCGACAGUCUUUUGGCUCUUCCCGAAGCCAAGAAUCUCAAGGCGGCCGACCUCCGACUCCGCACCGGCAUCGUGGCCGGCGCCCCCGUCCCUCGCCACCUGAUGGAGCUCAUGGUCUCCAAGCUCGGCAUGAAGGAGUUCACAUCCAGCUACGGUCUCACCGAGGCCUCUCCCACUUGCUUCAACGCUUUCACCGACGACCCCAUCGACACCCGUCUCACCACCGUUGGCACUCUGAUGCCUCACGCCCGAGCCAAGAUUGUGGACCGCGACGGUGUGAUUGUGCCCAUUGGCACCCGGGGUGAGCUCUGCAUCGGCGGGUACCAGCUCCAGGCCGGCUACUGGAACAACUCGGAAAAGACCAACGACUGCAUGAUGAAGGACGAGGCCGGCGUCUUGUGGCUGCACACCGGUGACGAGGCCGUCUUUGACGAGCGUGGAUACUGCACCAUUACCGGUCGGUUCAAGGACAUCAUCAUUCGAGGAGGGGAGAACAUCUACCCGCUCGAGAUUGAGGAACGGCUGGUCGCCCACCCGUCCAUCUCCAUGGCUGUGGUUGUCGGGCUGAAGGAUGCACACUAUGGCGAGGUUGUCGGUGCGUUUCUUCAGCUUGACCCUGCUCACACUGCUAGCACGAAGCCCACUGUUGAGGAGGUGCGUGAGUGGUGUAGGCGGAAGCUGGGGAAGCACAAGGCGCCCACUCAUGUGUUUUGGCUGGGCCACGAUGGGGUUCCUGCUGCGGUGCCAUUGACGGGGAGUGGAAAGGUGAGAAAGUUCGAGAUGGCUCAGUUGGGGAAUAAGUUGCUUGAGGGUGUCAAGGCGAAGCUUUGA